AUGAGUAUGAGGCCUGAGAACCUGAGCGGCAUGUCUGAGUUCCUCCUCCUGGGGCUCCCCAUCCGGCCAGAGCAGCAGGCUGCAUUCUUCACCCUGUUCCUUGUCAUGUACCUGACCACAGUGCUGGGGAACCUACUCAUCAUCCUGCUCAUCAGGCUGGACUCCCGCCUCCACACCCCCAUGUACUUCUUCCUCGGCCACUUGGCCUUCACGGAUGUCUCUUUCUCAUCUGUCACUGUUCCAAAAAUGCUGAUGAACAUGUGGACCCAGGACCUGUCCAUCACCUAUGAGGAAUGCAUUUCACAAGCAUAUUUUUUCAUAUUCUUUGCUGACUUGGACAGUUUUCUUAUCACUUCAAUGGCCUAUGACAGAUAUGUGGCCAUCUGUCACCCUCUACAUUAUACCACCAUUAUGAGGCAGAGCCUUCGUGUCAAGCUGGUAGCCAUGUCUUGGGUCAUUGCUUGUGCUUGUGCUCUUUUACACACUCUCCUCCUGGGUCGGCUUUCCUUCUGUGUUAAAAAUAUUGUCCCUCACUUCUUCUGUGACCUUGGUGCCCUGCUCAGGUUGUCCUGCUCAGACACCUCCCUCAACCAAUUGGUGAUCUUUACUGCAGGUGUGACAGCCAUUAUGCUUCCAUUCCUGUAUAUUCUAUUUUCUUAUGGUCGUAUUGGGGUCACGGUCCUCCAGGUUCCCUCCAAAAAGAGCAUCUGCAAAGCCUUAUCCACGUGUGGAUCCCAUCUCUCAGUGGUGAUUCUCUAUUAUGGAGCAAUUAUUGGUCUCUACUUUCUUCCUCCCUCCAUCAGCAACAAAGACAAUGAGAUCAUUGCUUCAGUGCUGUACACUGUGAUCAUUCCCAUGUUGAAUCCCUUCAUUUAUAGCCUGAGAAAUAAAGACAUGAAAGGGGCCUUCGGAAAACUAUUGAAUAAAGUAUCUUGUUCUUCCAAAUGA